CCGCGGCGGAUGCUCCGCGUUGUCCCGCCGCCCCUUCCGAGCCGGCAGCAGCAGCGGCGGCGGCGGCGGCGGCGGCAGCAGCAGAUGGCGCGGCAGGGCCCGGGCUGGCGGGGCGGGAGGCCGCCGCCGCCGCGGCUGCUGCUGGCGCUGCUGCUGCUGCUGUUGUUGUUGAUGCCGGCGCUGCCGGGCUUGGGGCCCGCUGGUGCCGCCGCUGCUGCCGCCGCUGAGGAGGUGGCGGCGGCGGCGAAGGAAUGCGACAAGCCGUGCGCCAACGGCGGGCGGUGCCAGCCGGCCAGCGGGCAAUGCGAGUGCCAGCCCGGCUGGGUGGGCGACCAGUGCCAGCACUGCGGGGGACGCUUCAGACUCACUGGCCCUUCAGGGUAUGUCACUGAUGGGCCUGGGAAUUACAAAUACAAAACAAAAUGCACGUGGCUCAUUGAAGGAAGGCCAAACACAAUCCUCAGGCUUCGAUUCAAUCACUUUGCCACAGAGUGCAGUUGGGACCACUUGUAUGUGUAUGAUGGAGAUUCAAUUUACGCUCCCUUACUGGCAGCUUUUAGUGGUCUUAUUGUUCCUGAGAAAGACAGCAAUGAAACGGUACCAGAAGUUGUAGCUACUUCUGGAUAUGCUCUUCUGCAUUUCUUCAGUGAUGCUGCUUAUAAUUUAACGGGGUUUAACAUCACGUAUAAUUUCAAUAUGUGUCCCAAUAAUUGCUCUGGCCGAGGGGAGUGCAAGCUCAAUAACAGCAGCAAUGCUCUGGAAUGUGAAUGUGCCAAAUACUGGAAGGGAGAAGCCUGUGAUAUUCCCUACUGCACAGAUGACUGUGGGGCACCCGAGAGAGGACAUUGCAACUUCAAUGAUACAAAGGCAUGUUUGUGCUCUUCGGGCUGGCAAGGUCCUGGCUGUUCAAUCCCUGUUCCUGCAAACCAGUCGUUUUGGACCCGGGAGGAAUAUUCUCUUCCCAAACUUCCAAGAGCAUCUCACAAAACAGUCAUCCAUGACAAUAAAAUGUGGAUUGUUGGAGGCUAUGUCUUCAAUCAUUCUGACUCUCAGAAGGUUUUAGCGUAUGAUCUGAUUUCUGAAGAGUGGCUUCCACUGGCCAACACCGUGAACUCAGUAGAGAUGAGAUACGGUCAUUCCCUGGCAUUACAUGAGGAUGAUAUCUACAUGUACGGUGGAAAAAUAGAUGCGACGGGGAACGUGACCAGCCAGCUGUGGGUGUUCCACAUUCCCACCCAGACCUGGGCUCAAGUGACUCCGCAAGCCAAGGAGCAGUACGCGGUUGUUGGCCACUCAGCUCACAUUGUCACCGGGCCAGGCGACAGCGCGGUCAUGCUUGUCAUCUUUGGGCACUGUCCUCUUUAUGGGUAUAUCAGCAACGUCCAGGAGUACAACCUGACCACAAAUACCUGGAGCAUUUUACAGACAAGUGGAGCUUUGGUGCAAGGAGGGUAUGGUCACAGUAGUGUUUAUGACACACAUACAAGAUCCAUUUAUAUCCAUGGAGGUUACAAAGCAUUCAGUGCCAACAAAUACAGGCUAGCAGAUGACUUGUACAAAUAUGAAGUUGAUACCCGUAUGUGGACUAUUCUUAAAGACAGCAGAUUUUUUCGCUACCUGCACACAGCUGUGAUAGUGAGUGGAACCAUGCUGGUGUUUGGAGGAAACACACACAACGACACCUCCAUGAGCCAUGGUGCAAAGUGCUUCUCUUCAGAUUUUAUGGCAUAUGAUAUUGCAUGCGAUCGGUGGUCUGUCCUUCCUCGCCCGGGUCUCCAUCAUGAUGUGAACAGGUUUGGACAUUCUGCUGUGCUGUACAAUAGCACCAUGUAUGUGUUUGGAGGCUUCAACAGCCUCCUCCUGAGUGACAUCCUGAAGUACACACCCGAGAGAUGUGAAGCUUUCGACAACGAAACAGCCUGUGUGCGAACAGGUCGUGGUGUCAGAUGUGUGUGGGUCAGAGUCCCCCCUCACUGCAUCUCUUGGGAAAUGGCAUCCAUAAAGCAGCAGCAAAAGGUCUUCGAGGACUGUCCUCCCAAGCCAGCUGUAGACAAUGAAAAAUGUGAUCAGAUUACAGACUGCUAUAGCUGUACAGCCAAUACAAACAACUGCCAAUGGUGCACUGACCAGUGUAUCUCAAUACAGAACAACUGCACAGAGGAACAGGUUCCUAUUACUGCCUAUGACAAUUGUCCUAAGGAUAACCCUGCCUAUUACUGUAACAAAAAGACAAGUUGUAAAAGCUGUGCCAUGGAUCAAAACUGCCAGUGGGAACCUAGGAAUCAGGAGUGCAUCGCUUUACCAGAAAACAUCUGCGGAACAAACUGGCAUUUGGUUGGCAACUCCUGCUUGAAAAUUACAAAUGCAAAGGAGAACUAUGAUCAUGCCAAACUGUCCUGCAGAUCCAACGGUGCUUUGCUGGCUUCUCUCACGACCCAGAAGAAGGUGGAAUUUGUUCUCAAGGAGCUGCAGAAGAUGCAGUCUUCGCCCAAAACUUUGACUCCAUGGGUUGGCCUGAGGAAAAUCAACGUGUCUUAUUGGUGCUGGGAAGACAUGUCUCCCUUCACCAACACCCUCCUCAAGUGGCUCCCCAACGAACCAAGCGAUGCUGGAUUUUGUGGUUAUUUAGCUGAGCUUUCCAAUGAGGGCCUGAAGGCAGCAACGUGUAUCAACGAGGUCAACGGCAGUGUCUGCGAGAGGCCAGCUAACCACAGUGCCAAGCAGUGCCGCACGCCCUGCGCCCUGCGGACCAUGUGCGGGGAGUGCACGAGCGGCAGCUCCGAAUGCAUGUGGUGCAGCAACAUGAAACAGUGCGUGGACUCCAACGCUUACGUGGCCUCCUUCCCCUACGGGCAGUGCAUGGAGUGGUACACCAUGAGCAGUUGUCCACCUGAAAACUGUUCAGGCUACUGCACAUGUGCUCACUGUUUGGAGCAGCCCGGCUGCGGGUGGUGCACGGAUCCGAGCAACACAGGCAAAGGGAAGUGCAUCGAAGGCUCCUACAGAGGUCCAGUGAAGAUGCCAACCCCAUCCUCAACAGGGAAACACAGCUUGGAGCCCGUCCUCAAUGUCAGUAUGUGUCCUGUGGAGAACAACUAUAAUUGGUCCUUUAUUCAGUGUCCAGCCUGCCAGUGUAAUGGGCACAGUAAGUGUGUCAAUGAAAGCAUCUGUGAGAAGUGUGAAAAUCUGACGACUGGCAAACACUGUGAAACUUGUAUCUCAGGCUACUACGGUGAUCCUACUAAUGGAGGAACAUGUCAGCCUUGCAAGUGCAAUGGCCACGCAUCCGUCUGCAACACAAAUACAGGGAAAUGUUUCUGCACCACAAAGGGAAUAAAAGGAGACGAGUGUCAACUGUGUGAAGUUGAAAACAGGUAUCAGGGAAAUCCACUUAAAGGAACGUGUUACUAUACUCUCCUCAUUGACUAUCAGUUCACCUUCAGCCUUUCUCAAGAGGACGAUCGCUAUUACACAGCAAUCAACUUUGUAGCAACACCUGAAGAGCAAAACAGAGACCUGGACAUGUUUAUCAAUGCAUCUAAAAACUUCAACCUCAACAUUACUUGGUCCACGAGUUUUGCAGCUGGCACACAGGCUGGGGACGAGACUCCAGUUGUUUCAAGAACCAAUAUAAAGGAAUACAAGGACAGCUUCUCCAACGAGAAGUUUGAUUUCCGCAACAAUCCAAACAUCACUUUCUUCGUCUACGUCAGCAAUUUCACCUGGCCGAUAAAAAUCCAGAUUGCAUUCUCACAGCACAGCAACUUUAUGGACCUGGUACAGUUCUUUGUGACGUUCUUCAGUUGUUUCCUGUCUUUGCUCCUGGUGGCAGCUGUGGUUUGGAAGAUCAAGCAGAGUUGCUGGGCAUCACGACGAAGAGAGCAACUACUCCGUGAGAUGCAACAGAUGGCAAGUCGCCCCUUCGCCUCCAUCAACGUUGCCUUAGAAACAGAUGAAGAGCCGCCAGAUCUCAUUGGGGGAAGCAUAAAGACUGUACCAAAGCCAAUCGCCCUGGAGCCCUGCUUUGGGAACAAAGCAGCCGUUCUCUCUGUAUUCGUGAGGUUGCCUCGAGGACUUGGGGGUAUACCACCACCAGGACAGUCAGGUCUUGCAGUGGCCAGUGCACUGGUGGACAUUUCACAACAGAUGCCAAUUGCCUACAAAGAGAAAUCGGGUGCAAUACGAAAUCGGAAACAGCAGCCCCCUGCACAGCCAGGAACCUGUAUUUGAUGCAUGGACAUCAGAAACUGCAUAGGGUUUUAAACAAAACGGAGAAGUAAUACCUAGGAGGAGGAGAAGGAGAAAGAUUUCCAAGUUGUGUCACAAGAGACUAGAAGACGAAACACAACUUCCUUGAACCCAACUUUUUCUCUCAUCUGCGUGAUAGUUGGCUUUAUUUGACAACUGCUCCACUUAAGUUUUACUGACACGUGGCUUCAGAUUGCUCCUUUGUUUUCUUCCAGUUUAAAGUAAAAUGAUUUUAUUGCAGGUCCAGUAACAUCCAGUCGCCACCAUUCAUGGUCAGUGUAAAUAGAACAGUAGUCCAAUCUGAAUGACACUCAGGUUUAUACAUGGAAAGUGCUUUGUAGUUCAUGUAUUUAUCAAACUGUACAACAAGAAAAAGAUGCAGUGUUUACAGGUGUCAGCUCUCAACACAUAAACACUACUAUUAAUCUUCAAAGCAUCUUCAUCCUUUGUUUUCAUUUACUCUUACAUGGUUAUUCCCUCAUUAUUUAAGUGGAACUCUCUUCCAGAUGCAGCGGUUUUGUAGUCAUCAUGGUCCACAACAUCAGGAAUGCAGAAGCUGGGAUGGUUUAAAGGUUGAUGUCACGUGUUGCUCAGACCACAUGCAAUACCUGGAGAAAUUGAAUGUCACUUUGGAAGGACUCAGUGUUUACAUAGUCUUAACCUGCUUGGAGUACACCACACACAAGUGCCUAGACUUGAACAGAUCUAGGGAGUGAGGAAACUGCUACACACCUUUCUUUUUACCAUCAUUAUAUUCCUUUUAAAUAUAUGUAUACACACAUAGAUACAGUCACCCAAGGCAAUCUGUGUUCUCUGUAAUACAUCACAUGCAGUCAGGGAUAAAUAGCAUUUUCCUGACCAACAGACUAGUCAACCAGACGGAAAUAUCUGGAGGGAAAGUAGAGUUUCAUUAUCUCGUAAGAAAGCUCCUGGUUUCACCAGCGCUUUUAAUAGAAGCAGUUUGUGUUCAAGGCUUGAUAUAUUAUAUUUCUUCUCAUUUUCUCUGCCCAUUUUGCUGCUUUCCUUCCCCUGCCCUCCUGCUAUUCUUCUGGAUGAGAGCAGAGCUGUGCUAGGGCUCAGAGGCAUCGCUCUUCAGCAGUAAGAUUUGCUUCAUCUCCUUACAGGGUGCAAAAAGCAACUCUCUGGGUGCCAGAUUGUUUGAGGAUGAAGUAAAAAAGCACUUUAAGUAAAAAGCAAGCAGAGCAGCAUCGUUUGGCCACAGGUUUGUGUUUUACAAGGUCAGUUACUGAUAUUCCCCAAUGGGGUUAAACUCUAGGAUGUUGAAGGAGGUAGCUUGUUGGUGAAAGGAAGGGACAAACAGCAAAGAGAAGGCUUAGGUUCUGGGUGAUAUGUCAAACCAUCUGAAGUAGUCUUAUUAGUUGGGUUCAUGUUUUGAGGUUCAAGGUUGGACUUAACCCCUCAGUCUGUGCCUGCUGCUGCCCAAUGUCUCCCUUGACUCUGGAAUGUGGCACAGUGCUGGAGCCACCUCAUGCGAUGUUGUGAUGUUGAAGCUGGUAGGAAGAUGUCACAUGAAGGUGCCAAAUGAGGUGUGUAAUUGUUGCUUAAUCACAGUAAGUGUGGUUUCAUUCAGGUCAUGGUGUCUGUUGAGAACAUCAGGUAUUUAUGAAAUGGAGAGAGAACACGUGGAGAGGAGUGAAGGAAAGUGCUCUCGAAUCUUCUGGCCAGGUAGCACCCUUUCCCCAAAAUGAAACCCAAGGAACUGCAUCUUUUUUUGUGUGCAUGUUUUGGUGAUCAAUCACAUAUCAGCCACUCAUUUUUGCUUUGUUUGGGGGUUAUUUAACCAUGUAUUUUGAAGAAGCUCUUUGGAGCGCGGCGGCAUCGCAAUAAAGAUGUGAAUGGUUGUGCGUGUCCGGUCAGCAGUGUUGGGGUUAAAGACUGCUGGUUUAAAGACUGUGGUGGAUUAUAAUUCUGAUUUAAUGUGUCAUUUAACAAAUACAAGAGGACUGCAGGAAAAAAAAAAAGUUGUGGAAAAAAAUGCAUUUUUAUAUAUAUAUAUGUGUGUGUGUAUAGAUAUAUAUAUAAAUAAAAUGCAUCCUUUUCUAAACCAGAAGUUUAAAUGCCCUCUGGGGAAAAGAAGUUAUGGGAGGGGAAAGGCUGAAUUUUGUCUUUUAGAAUGAAGGGGUUUAGGCAAUUGAAGUUUUAACUGAUGCACAGAUUACCUCAGACAGAUUCAUCUCCUGAAAGUAUUUUCUAAUUCCCUGUGUGUACAGUGAUAACCUGAACUAGAGAUAUAAUACUGGACUAAAAUCCCUUCCCUGUUAUUGCUUUCCAUGUUUUCAGUCGUGAUGCACAUCCUCAUAUUCAGAGAUGUCUUCUUGCUUCUCCAAUGCUUCCUUGGGAGCAGAACUGCCACCCCAAAUUGAGAAAGCUCUUGCGCUUAAGUCUCCACAGACAGGACAGCACUUAAGCAGGUGCUUAAAGUCAUUGCUUGGGUUUUGCUGAACAGAAACAGCUUUUGGAUCAAUAGGCCUGGAGGGGUGAUGUAUUUUUACAUUACAAAAAGAGUUAAAUGUGGGGUUUGGUGGGUGAUUUCUCCUUCUUGGAGAGCUGGGUCUUAAUGGUGGAGUGUGCCUAGAAGUGUAGCCACAAAGUGUUAGAUACUGGAAAAACAAGCAAAAAAUGAUCAAACUUUGAGGUUUAGGAGAACCAAAUGAUGUAAAUGGAGGAACAAGACUUCUUUAUGUAAAUAAAAUGAAACAGCUCCUUUAGGAGGUAGCUCUGCUCUGCAUCUUAUCUCCAUACUGAUGGGAGGGGGAAAGAGAACUCUCAUACAUAUGUCUGCUGCAAACAGUUUCAUCCCAACUUGAAAGGUAAAAUAGAGACAAAGGUGGGAAUGGAUGGGGGGGAAGGUGCUUUAUCACCAGGCCAGUAUCAGAAGUGAAGGAUUUGUGGGUUCAAUUCUUUUGGAGGUGGUGCUGGGCAAAAGAGCAACCUUAUUUCGUGGGAGAGUCUGUAAAUAGAUGACAAAUAACACACCAGUUUUGCACUUGUACAUAACGUAUACAGUAGCGUGCAGAGCAUUGAAAGAUUUAAAGUGUACAUAAACCAGAAGAAAACCUAUUGAAUGUAUUUUUGAUGCAUUUUAAAUGAUGUAUGAGGUUUGUCUUAGUAACUUCUUCAUAUGAUCAGUAUUAGAUAACUUCCCAGAGCUUUAAAGAAACAUCAAAUUAUAGUCGUGCUAUCUUGCAGUAUAAAGCAGGGAGGCAUAACUUGACUUUUAUGUAUUCAAAUGCAGUUCACUUAAAUGUAUAAGCGAAGUAAAAUACAGCUCUUCGGUUUGAAAAGGGGAGAAAAAUCCUCAACACUUGAAGACAAGUAAUAAAUGUACUUAAAGGAGUCAUUACUUGGAGGAUUAAGUCAGCAGUUUGAGCCUCUACCAUUAAGAUUGUGCCAGUGAUUUCCAUUCAGAAUCACUCUUCUCAAGCGUUUAUAACGGGCUGAAAUUCAGCGUUCAAGGUCUCAACCCUCCAGUUUUAUUCAUUGAAAGUAGCCUUUAAAAGAAAAACUAUAAAACCUCAGAAAUAUUAUAGGCCUUUUAUUUUAGAAGCUCCAAAUAACACAUAUUUUGUUGUUGCUCACCGUUUUCCCUUUUUUUUUAGCCCAGAAUUCCCUCUAGCCUGUUGUAGCAUAAGUGACAGUGACCCUGCCCCAGUGUGGGUCAAUAUGUUGGAUGCAAGAAGGUUUAUGGGACACAACUUCUGAGUUAUUGCCUCUCUCCCUGGGUUUAAAAUGUGCUGUACUGAAAUUGCCAAAAUAAAGCUCUACAUGAUGGGAUAAUGCCUGUGAUUAGCAUAAAGUCAUAGUGUGUAAUGUACCAAAAUGUGAUGGUAUCAUACCGGAAAAGCGUGAUGGCCCCUGUUGGCAGAUACACGCUUCCUAUGGGGUAGUUCAUGUAGUAAAUAUUGCUCGAGAAACAUCGUUAAACUGGGUUUAUAGUAUGGUUUUAAAAAGGCAGCUCAGCUUGCUUGGCCCUAAAUAAGCUGAAAAGAGCUUCUGAUGAAAUACCUUCACUUAAACUUCAGGCUUCUCCCAUAACCCACCACAAGUCCAGCGCUGCAAAGAUGCAGCUGAUUCUCCAUCCUUGACUGCUCCCAAUGUCAGCAGCUGCUUUUUCUUUUCCAUGAGACCCCAACUUAGGGAUGGAGCAUCAGCUGCAUCCCUGAACCUCUAAAACCCUUUCCCUGCAAAAAGGGAUUUGCCAGCACUGAGCUUGUGAGCAAAGAACAGACCCUGCAUGCCAGGAGCAGCUCUUAAUCCCAUCCAUCCAACUCUACGUCAGCUGCGGAUGUCUCUUCUUUUCCCUUUUUUUCUCUUCAUUUGGGAAUGCUGUAAGGAUACGGGAGGGAGGGGGGUGGGAUUUCAGAGCCUCCUGAGCGAAGCUGCAGGUUGGGAGAGGGAAUUGUGCAUGUUUGACAUGGGAAAGUGCUGCUGGAAGACAUGCGAGCACUCAGGGAUGCAGGAGCGAAGGGACGGAACCUCAUUUUUGGACAUUGUGUUGGCAAUUGAACUUAAGUUCCCCCUUUUUCUGUUGAUAGCUGCUUAAAUCAGAUGAGUUCCCCGUGCUAGAAUACAGUGCAUAGGCUGGUUCUUCUGCAUCAGGGCAGGUUUUGUUCAGUUUAUUCCUUCAUUCUAACACUACACAUGCUCUAUUUUUGUGCGUCUUCCAGGUACUAGAAUUCUUUAGACAUUUCCUCUACGUUUAUCAUUUAUUCCACAAACCUCACCAGAAGAAAGAAGACAAAAAAAGAAUAGUGGAGUGUAACGUAUGUCAGUCCAUUUAUUUUUUCUUUUCUUUUUAAGAAAACAACAAAAAGAAUAAAAAUAGAGUUUUCUAUUACUCAGAUUUGUGCACAAUAAAUGUUCUUUACACUAAGAUCCUUGAAUUAAUUGUACUCUGGAUUAUUUCCCUUUGUUCUGUAAUUAUUGACGAUUCUUAUCUGUGUUCAGACUUGAGCUUAGUUUGUUAAUAUGUAUAAUUUAGCAUUUCUUGCAUUCAUAUGUAAAUAUGAGCAAGCAUUGUAAACUAUUUCCUGGCCGGGGAUUGUGGGUGUUAUACAGACACACAUUUAGGACUGCAGGUUUUGGUAUAAUUUUUUUGUAUUGUAAAAUAACAGCUAAUUUAAAGCAGGAACGAAGAAAUUCUUGGGAGGUCUGUGCAUUUUAAAUACAAAAAUGUGAAGUACGUGUAUAUAAAUCAAAGUAAAUAAUGCAAAUCUUUCCUCUGAAAUAAAAAGUAGAUGAUCUGGUUAAA